CCUGGAGGCUCGGAGCAUCCCCCGCGCUGCGCAGCGAGGAGCUCGCUCCCAGUGCCAGUGCGUGCUGGCGGCGGGACGCGGCGAGGCAGCUGCUGCGGGCGCCCUGCAUGCGCCGGGCGGAUCGCAAGACGCUCGGAAUCGCCGCAACCGGCGAACCCCUGCGGCGCGGCAGCUCCCUGCGGGCGCGGCGACGGCACUGGUGUGUCAGGGGCGGCGGUAGCGACGCGGGCACCGCCGGGCGGCGCCUGAAUCUGGACGCGCCAGGAGCGGCUCGAGCCUCCUCCGAUCCACAAGCAGCGUGGUGAGAGGCUCAGGCAGGAGUUCAAGACCUGGCUGGGCUACAUAGUGAGACCCUGUGUCCAAACAACAACAAAACCAAAAUAAGCCAAUGUGGUGGUCCAUGCCUGUCAUCUCAGCACUUAAGAGGAGGCAGAGGGAUUAGACACUCAAGAGCUGCUUCGGUUACACAAGGAGUUUGGGGCCCACAGAGACAAUUAUAUGAUUGGAAAAUCAUUCCCAGGAGGCAAGUUUAAAGGAACCAAGACUGCCUACACCAGAGGAGAGCAAGAGGUGUGAAUGAGCCCAGGCACCAAGCUGCCACUGCUGAAGAAACAUUUCCAUGUCAUUUGCAUGACCCCUGCUGUGAAAUGAACCAAGCAAGGACUUGUCAGAGAUUUCCUUCCCUCCCUUGCUGAGCACUCCGGAGCCAUUGUUCCAGUGUUGUUUAAUUGUGUCCUGUCCUCCUCUUGCCAAGGCAAACAUCCCAGUCUCUGAGGAGGGAUCCCCAAGCUCGUAGGCUGGCCUGAACAUGAACAUGGGCAAAGCUGAUGACUGUGAGCGUUCCCAAGGGACACGGAUCCCCAUGGGGUCCAGUCUGCAGAAGCAGGACCUCUCAUGAUGCUGGUGUCUGGGAGUGAGCACUAUGCCCAUCACCCAGGACAAUGCCGUGCUGCACCUGCCCCUCCUGUACGAGUGGCUGCAGAACAGCCUGCGGGAGGGUGGGGACAGUCCGGAGCAGCGGCUCUGCCAAGCGGCCAUCCAGAAGCUGCAGGAGUACAUCCAGCUGAACUUGGCUGUGGAUGAGAGUACAGCCCCACCUGAUCACAGUCCUCCAGAGAUGGAGAUCUGCACAGUGUACCUCACCAAGCAGCUGGGGGACACUGAGACUGUGGGGCUCAGUUUUGGAAACAUCCCUGUUUUCGGCGACUACGGUGAAAAGCGUCGAGGGGGCAAGAAGAGGAAAACCCACCAGGGUCCGGUGCUGGACGUGGGCUGCAUCUGGGUGACAGAGCUGAGGAAAAACAGCCCAGCAGGAAAGAGCGGCAAAGUCCGGCUGCGGGAUGAGAUCCUCUCCCUGAACGGUCAGCUCAUGGUUGGAGUUGACGUCAGUGGGGCCAGUUACCUGGCUGAACAGUGCUGGAAUGGCGGCUUCAUCUACCUGAUCAUGCUGCGGCGCUUCAAGCAUAAAACCCACCUGACUUACAAUGGCAACGACGGCAACAGCUCAGAACCAGGAGAGACACCUACCUUGGAACUGGGUGACCAAACUUCAAAAAAGGGGAAAAGAACGAGAAAGUUUGGGGUCAUUUCCAGACCCCCUAUUAACAAGGCCCCUGAAGAACCCAAAAGCAGCGGUGGCUGUGAUGUGACGGAUGAUCCUAGCUCAGAGUUGGAGAAUGGUACAGACCCCGAACUUGGAAAUGGCCAUGACUUUGAACUAGAAAAUGGUCCACAUUCUCUCAAGGAUGUGGCUGGACCCCAUCUGGAGAGUUCCGAAGUGGACAGAGGAGCAGAACUCAGAAUUCCAAAUACAGACGCUCCUCCGGGUACCAGCAAUGACAAACGCCGUGUCUCAAAGAGUGGGAAGACAGACAUCCAGUCCAGUGACUGCCUGGCACGGGAGGAAGUUGGCCGGAUAUGGAAGAUGGAGCUACUCAAAGAAACAGAUGGGCUGGGAAUUCAGGUUAGUGGAGGCCGAGGAUCAAAGCGCUCACCUCACGCUAUCGUUGUCACCCAAGUGAAGGAAGGAGGUGCUGCUCACAGGGAUGGCAGGCUGUCCUUAGGAGACGAACUGCUGGUGAUCAAUGGUCACUUACUGGUCGGGCUCUCCCACGAGGAAGCUGUGGCCAUUCUACGUUCAGCCACUGGGAUGGUACAGCUGGUGGUGGCCAGCAAGGAGAGCUCAGCGGAGGACCUCCUGAGGUUCACGUCAAAGAGCUUACCUGACCUGACUAGCUCAGCGGAGGAUGUGUCCUCCUGGACUGACAACGAAGACCAGGAGGCAGACGGGGAAGACGAAGAGGGGGCGAGUUCAGCGGCUGUCCGGGGCAUGAUGCCGGAGUCAGAAGAAUCCCAAGAUGUAGGCAGCUCUGAGGAGUCCAAGGGGAACUUGGAAAGUCCCAAACAAGGCAACAGUAAAAUGAAGCUCAAGAGUCGUCUCUCAGGAGGUGUCCACCGCCUGGAGUCUGUUGAGGAAUAUAAUGAACUGAUGGUACGAAACGGAGACCCUCGGAUCAGGAUGCUGGAGGUCUCCAGAGAUGGCCGGAAACACUCUCUUCCCCAGCUCCUGGAUUCUACUGGGACAUCACAGGAAUACCACAUUGUGAAGAAGUCCACCCGCUCUCUGAGCACCACCCACGUGGAAUCUCCGUGGAGGCUCAUUCGGCCGUCCGUUAUUUCCAUCAUCGGGCUGUACAAAGAGAAAGGCAAGGGCCUUGGCUUUAGCAUUGCUGGAGGCCGAGACUGCAUUCGAGGCCAGAUGGGGAUUUUUGUCAAGACCAUUUUCCCAAACGGAUCAGCCGCGGAGGACGGCAGACUCAAAGAAGGAGAUGAAAUCCUAGAUGUAAAUGGCAUACCAAUAAAGGGCUUGACGUUUCAAGAGGCCAUUCACACCUUCAAGCAAAUCCGAAGUGGGUUGUUUGUCCUCACGGUGCGCACGAAGUUACUCAGCCCCAGCCUCACACCAUGCUCCACUCCCACACACAUGAGCAGAUCCAGCUCCCCAAGCUUCAACACCAGCGGGGCACCCCCAGCAGGAGGAGGCCCUGAGGAAGGCGGUUCUUCAUCUCUGGGGCGGAAGGCUCCCGGGCCCAAAGACAGGAUUGUCAUGGAAGUCACACUCAACAAAGAGCCAAGAGUUGGACUAGGCAUUGGUGCCUGCUGCUUGGCCUUGGAAAACAGCCCUCCAGGUAUCUACAUUCACAGCCUUGCCCCUGGAUCGGUGGCCAAGAUGGAAAGCAACCUGAGCCGGGGAGACCAAAUCCUGGAAGUGAACUCGGUGAACGUGCGCCAUGCAGCCUUAAGCAAAGUGCACGCCAUCUUGAGUAAAUGCCCACCUGGACCCGUUCGCCUGGUCAUCGGCCGGCACCCUAAUCCAAAGGUUUCCGAGCAGGAAAUGGAUGAAGUAAUAGCACGCAGCACUUACCAGGACAGCAAAGAAGCCAACUCCUCGCCUGGCUUAGGUACUCCCUUGAAGAGUCCGUCUCUUGCCAAAAAGGACUCGCUCCUCUCUGAAUCUGAGUUCUCCCAGUACUUUGUCCAUGAUGGGCGGGGCUCCUUGCCAGACUUCGUGGUUGCUGGCUCUGAGGACGAGGACCACCCCGGCAGUGGCUGUGGCACCUCGGAGGAUGGCAGCCUGCUUCCCGGACCCUCUGCUCACAAGGAGCCAGGGAAAGCCAGGGCCAACAGCCUUGUGACUCUUGGAAGCCAGAGAACCGCUGGGCUCUUACACAAGCAGGUAACGGUCGCCAGGCAAGCCAGUCUCCCUGGAAGCCCACAGGUCCUCAGGAACCCCCUCCUCCGCCAGAGGAGAGUUCGCUGCUAUGAUGGCAAUGACGCCAGCGAUGAAGAAGACUUUGAUGGUGAGGGGGACUGCAUUUCACUCCCAGGAGUCCUCCCAGAUCCCAGCAGGCCUCUGAUAGAGGAUGGCAGUAGGCCCGCCUUGACAGCCUCUUCCAAAAGCGUUGAUGCAAGAAAGCAAGAGGAGCGACCCCAGAAACCACUGGUCAGCAAGGCCUGCUCCGUGCCUCUCCUUGGCAGCUCUCUGGACCUACAGCACAGUGUCCCUGAUGGGAUGGCGGGUACCCCUCCUAAGGCAGCCAGCCUGCCAGGCUCUGUAGAAACUCCCAAGAGUGGGCCUGCAGGCCCUGGAAGAAAGGAACUGUCAGGAUCAAGAAGUUCACCGAAGCUGGAAUACAGUGUCGCCACCCAUAGCCCAAGGAGCCCAGAAAACCCCAUUCCCCCACCACAGAAGAAUGCAAAUCUGGUGUCCAGACACAAGCCUGUGGCCAGGAUCAGCCCACACCACAAGAGGUCUGACACUGAGGCCCCAAGUGGAACAGCCAAUGGACCGUACGGCCAGGACUUGAAAGUCCAGGCUCCAUCCAUGAAAGAUACCGUCACUGGCCAUCAGCCAAGUGGAACCGCAGAGAAGGAACUUUGGGGAAAUCCCACCCCGGGGGACAGAUAUGUCCCCACCAACUGUGGACCAGCCAGUACCCCAUGCCACCCAAACACUGGACCCCCCACAGAGAGCCUGCAGGGAGCUGCGCCAGAGUGCGGGCCACACCCUGAGACUGAAUGGGAUGGCUCCUCAGCACCCCCUUCCCCAGGGAAGAGCAGGGAAGCUCAUCAUGACUCCAGCGAGACCUCCACCAUCACAGAGCAAGUCGGUCAGUAUGUGUCUCCCAGGACCACAGAGCCUGAGUCCCAGGGCAUAUCUAAAGUGAAACCAGCGAACAGGCGGAGCCCGUCUCCCAGGGAGAAGGCCUUGGCUCCUCCUGACUUUAGAACAACUUGGGCUGCACUUGGGGACAGCUCUCCCGACACCAGGAGAGCAGCUGUCCCCAUGAGCACAGGAGCAACACCAGCCACUGCCAUCCCUCAUGUCUCCCUUGUGUCCCAAGAAAGGAGUCCAGGGCCCAGCAAGGCCUUGGAAAUGACAGGACUCAUUAUACCUAAAAGCUGGAAGGAUGGUGCUCCGCUUGAAGAUACAGCUUCUGUGUCUGGGAAGACAUCACCUGCCAGCCCCUCUCUGCCAGUGGCUACUGACAGCACAGCGUCAGGGAGCAGAGAGAGCCCUGUGACAGACACUGACAACUUCAUCAGGGAGGCCUCUGAGGCGAGGUCACAGUCCUCCCAGAAAGCCGACUGUGGGGCUGACCCGGGCAUUUUUGAGGGCCAGCCACCAGGAGGAGCCAGGGAUGACAGUUCCCACCAUGCCCAAUCAGUCAGGAGUGACCAGACGUCCUCCCCAAGGAAGACUGGGGACACGGGCCUACCCCCGCCCCCACAGUGGGCCUCCCAGCCUUCCGUUUUGGAUUCCAUCCAUCCUGACAAACAUUUUGCUGCGAACAAGAACUUUUUGAACAACUACUCUAGAAAUUUUAGUAAUUUCCAUGAAGACAGUAUCUCCCUCUCGGGCCCGGGCGACAGUACAGAGCCAUCGCUCUCAUCCAUGUACGGUGAUGCAGAAGACUCGUCUUCGGACCCUGAGUCUCUCGCUGAAGCCCCACAGGCAGCCGCCAGGAACAGCUGGUCACCUCCCCAUUCCCAUGGGUCCCCUCAUCAGGAAGGUACCAGUGAGUCUGAGGAUGAAAACAUAGAAAUUUGCUCCACGAGCGACUGCCCUGAGGCCCUGGUGACAGCCCAUCCCCCUGCCCAGGCUGCACUCUGCCGAGUUCUACCCCUACAGCCCAGUACCCUGAGCGAGCCCGUGGGGGACUCCCGUGAAAGGACCUGCCUCCUGCCAGGGACCUCACACACUGCCAUCCCAAGCUCUUCGCAGCCAUUUUCCUUCCUGGAUGUAAGCUCUCGAGAGCACGAGCCAUGGGUGAGCAUAAACGCUUCACAGAGCCAGGGGCCGUCGUGCACAGAAGAAAUCAUGGCCACCACCGGCGUGAACUCAGUCAUGGCAGGCAGCCAGCCUUCGGAAAUGACCGGCCAUGGUGACGACCUGCCAUUUGCGCUUAGGAACCCAAGUGUGGUAAAUGGCUUGGAGUGUGACCUGACGGCUGAGGGAGCCCCAAACAAAGAAGCAGGGGCUGCUAGUAUGGCCCACGGUGUGCACGCCCUGAGUGCCGAGGGCCCUAAGAAUGGAGAGGCCGUUUUGGCAAACCUACACGUUGCCAAGAGUCGCAAUCUGGACGACUUGCUACAGAAACCAAAAUCGAUCUCCAGGAGGCCCAUCAUGGCCUGGUUUAAGGAAAUAAAUAGAAAUGGCCAGGGCACACAUUUGCAGAGCAAAUCGGAGAAGGACCGGUCCUCGACACUGGCUAUAAGUCCUGGCUACAAAGCCCAGAUGGUAAGCACCAGCCCCAGCAAGGGCGUGGCUGUGCUUAAGAGUCCUCCCCCACUGCACAGGAGUCAGGAGAAUAAAGACCUGCCCGAGAAAAGCCCAGUGGAAACCCUAAGUAACUGUCAGAAAGCCAAGUGCGGCCCUAAGCUCGGGAGACUGGGUGUCAAAAGCAAAGCUGGGUCCGAGAUGCCUGUGGCCAGUGGGACCCAUCACAGGAAGACCUUGAUUUCACCCCAGGCCUCCCAUAAAAUGUUUUCCAAGGCAGUGUCACACCGGCUCCACAUAGCUGGCCAAGAAGAGCCUACCAACACUCUUGUGGACACCCCCAAGCCUCCCCAGUGCAUGCCCGAGGGCAAGCCACCUCUGGCUGCCUCUGGGUCACCCAGGACCUCCGCAUCAGACACAAGCAUCAGACCCUUCACUUUACCCCUGACCUCCCCCAAGACUGUCCCUGAGCAAAGUGCAAACAGCAGGCUCCAAAUGGCUGUCCACUCGGAAUCUGACACAAGUUGUCCAACCACCUCCAGGGCCCCUAGGUAUGGAGCAGAGGGCAAGGUGCCCCAUGGUGACUCUGGGUCAGCGAGUCCCACAACCCCACGGAGCAGCCUGGCCUUGGCAGGGAUCAGACAGGGCAGGCACCUCACACCCAGCCGACUGGACUCGGUGGUGUCAGAAGCAGCCCAUCCCAGGGGGAUCGGUGAGAAAGGAAGUGAAAAAAUCACUAGUGAUCUUCUAGAAAGGACAACCCAGCUGAAGAUAGUUGAUAUUUCUCCUGAAAGAAUGCCAAAGAAUGCGGGUGGUGACAAGCCACCAGAUGGUGGCAGACAGGGAGGGUUCUUGGCCCAGAGCGGCUGUCAGGAAAAGAGUGGAAUCGGUCUCUGGCAGUCAGGAGGGUCAGUCCCAAAGUCCCCACCCUCACCUCCCUCUCUGGCCUCCCAGGGACAGCAGGAAAUUCGCCGGUCCUUCGGGAUAGCCAAGCCAGCCUCCUCCCCAAAGCUACCUGCUAAAACACUGGAUUCCUCCCAGGGCAGGUCAAGCCAGAUGUCAGCUUCCCUAGGGAUGCCCAAGAAUGAUGUACCCACAGGCCCUGGGGGAGAGGAGCAGCCCUACUUCACACCGAGGCCAGCCACCAGGACUUACUCCAUGCCAGCCCAGUUCUCAAGCCACUUUGGACGAGAAGGUCCUUCCCCACACAGCCCGAGUUGCUCGCCUCAGGACCCUCAGGUCCCCGUGAUGAGCGUCAGUGUCUCUGAGGCAAAGGCUGCCAGAGGUGUGACUAAUGGACAGGAUGUGUACAGUGUGAAGCCUCUGCUGGAAACAUCAAGGAACCUGCCACCCACAGAUGGGGGGGACGCCAGUGCAGUCCCUGAGACGAGCUGCCUCGUCGCGGACAAAGUCAAAGCCACCAGGAGACAUUAUUACUAUGAGCACAAUUGGCCCCAUGAAUCUACCUCGUUUUUCUCUGUGAAGCAGAGAAUCAAGUCUUUUGAGAACUUGGCCAAUUCUGACCGGCCUGCGGCCAAGUCUACCACGUCCCCAUUCUUAUCUGUGAACUCCAAGCCUCCCAUUAGCAGACGGUCAUCUGGCAGCACCACUUCAGGGAGGCACAGCCACCCCAGCGAUGUGACAGCACGGUCACUGAGACGGAGCUUGAGUUCCUGCAGUGAAAGCCAGAGCGAAGCCAGCAGCCUUCUCCCGCAGAUGACGAAGUCCCCGUCCAGCAUGACGCUGGUUGUCUCUAGGCAGAACCCACCGGAGACUAGUAACAAGAGCCCCAGUUCAGACCCAAAGAAAUCACUCGUCCCUGUAGGAAUUCCCACCUCUACGGUGACCCCAGCCUCACCCACGAAGAGGAACAAGUCCUCAGUACGCCACGCCCAGCCUUCCCCUGUGUCCCGAUCCAAGCUCCAUGAGCUGAGAGCCUUGAGCAUGCCAGACCUGGACAAGCUGUGCGGUGGGGAGGACUCUGCCGGCCCAGGCUCUGUGCUCUUCAGAACCCAGCUGGAAAUCAUCCCCAGACGGUCACUCGGCUCCCCCGCUACCUCUCCAGCUGGUUCCCCAGCUAGAGGCCAUCCAGGCCUUGACGGAUCGGCCUCUCUUUCAUGUCCUAUGAAUGGGAGGACCAGAGUCUACCCAGGAGGAGACAGCCCUUCAGCCAGCGAGCCUGCAGCAUCCCCUGGAGCCGGGGAAGGGGAAGAGGUCGUGCAGGCCCUGCCUUCUGCAAGGAGCUGGUCGGUGAAUUUGAAUCAACUCCUUGCCUCAGUGAGGGACCAGCAGAAAUUACAAGCCGUUUUGUCACUAGUGGGGUCAGAAUCUACCAUCUUCACUCUCAUUCAGGAAGCGAAGGCACAGUCACAGAAUAAAGAAGACACUUGCUUCAUAGUCUUGAAUAAAAAGGAAGGCUCAGGUCUGGGAUUCAGCGUGGCAGGAGGGGCAGACGUGGAGCCAAAAUCAGUCAUGGUCCACAGGGUGUUUUCUCAGGGCGCGGCUUCUCAGGAAGGGACUGUGAGCCGAGGGGAUUUCCUUCUCUCCAUCAAUGGCACUUCCUUAGCUGGCUUAGCCCACAGUGAGGUUGUGAAGGUUCUGCACCAGGCACAACUGCACAAACACGCCCUCAUGAUCAUCAAGAAAGGGAAUGACCAGCCCAGGCCCUCGCUCAGGCAGGAGCCUCCCUCCGCCAAUGGAAAGGGCCCACUCCCCAGAAAGGCCUUGCCACUGGAGCCUGGGGCUGGGAGAAACGGAGCUGCUCACGACGCUCUGUGUGUGGAAGUGCUGAAAACCUCGGCGGGGCUGGGACUGAGUCUGGAUGGAGGAAAAUCGUCCAUGUCUGGAAACGGACCCCUGGUAAUUAAGAGGGUGUACAAAGGUGGUGCAGCGGAACAAGCGGGAACCAUAGAAGCUGGCGAUGAAAUCCUUGCUAUUAAUGGGAAACCUUUGGUUGGGCUGGUGCACUUCGAUGCCUGGAAUAUCAUGAAGUCUGUUCCAGAAGGGCCUGUGCAGCUAGUGAUUAGAAAGCACAGGAAUUCCUGAGUUUUUAACAACAAUCUCCUCCCCCAGAUGCAUUUCUAGCAAAUCAAAGGGACUUCUUUUAAUGACGGGUUCUGGAAUUAGCCAACAGCUUACACAGAUACCCACGAUUGUACUUUCACGUGAAGCCUGAACUCUGGAAACCUCCUACAUGGACCACCAAGGCUGGGGAGUGUCACUUCCUUCUGUGCCUGCCACUCCCUACAUCUGCAGCAGGGUCAAGAGCUGACCUGCUCCUCUUUUGGAACACCUGGCUACACCUUUUCAGCCCUCUUGCCACCUCUCCCAGCAUCAGUCCUAGUGAGCAGGGACCAGAAGGGUAACACAAAUGCCCCAGCUAAAAUGAUGUAUUAUGUAGAUGUAUAUAAUUUUGUAAGUAAGGGACAUAGUGCUUUUAGGUAUGUACAUGCAGUGGAAGGCAAAGCUAUGGGUCUAUGUAUGUUACCCUAAAAAAAAAAGAAAAUGAAUUUAUGACUAAUUGUUAGGCAGAGCUCAGGAAUUAUGCAACAGUGAAAAAGAUGACAGUUUUAAAAAGUGCUAUUUUUUAAUGACGUAAUGUAUGAUGUGGACUGGGAAGCUGUGCUCAUUUUCUGUUUCUGAGAGCAUAAGUCAUAAGGCUGUUACAGAGUGACAGUUCUGGUGAAUUGCAAUAGAUGGCUGUGAGCUUCCCUGCUUGGGAGGAGCUUCUAGCCUGAAAGCACCUUGCAUCUAGUUUUCAAACAUGCAUAUAUGUUUGAAUUCAAGACUGGUCAGCGCACGAGCAGGCAAAAAUGUCAGUGUGUUUGUGUUCCCACAGGUAUGCACCACUACCACCUUCAAGGCAGUUUUGAGAGUUAAAUCCUUCAGCUUGCAAACGUCGGCAUUCUGUGAUCCAAACUGAGGAGCUUCUAAGCAUCCUCGAUGGAGAUUUCUUGCUUUGGGUUUUUUUUUUUCCUUUUCUCCACCAGACUAAAAGCAGCAUAGUUUGUAAUCCGGCUCUCUUCCCUGACAGAGCUCUGUAGUGGCUCAGCUUUUUGCUAGUUUGGUUUUUACUGUUUUGCAAAAUUUUCCCCUUGCCAAAACUGGGGUCCCGCAGACCGUUCUGACUCAGGUUGCUUUUGAAACUCUUCUGGCUGCCUUGAGCCUCUCUGGAGCCUUCCUCCUCACAAAGCUGGCUUUUCUCCCUUUGCACUGACCCUUAUUUUUCUUAAAUCCCAAAGCUUCACCAGCUUCAUUUACCAAACAAGGAGGAAAAUGGAAAGACAGGGUGAGUCACUCUAGGAAAAGGACUCUAUGGUGUUCGCCACCCAAUCCUCAGGUGGCGCCACCAGUGCUGGGUCUUGAGGGUUUGGGUGGAACUGCGUUUGUCAAUCCCACAUGUAUGAUGCUGUGAUUGUUUCUUUAACCCACAGCUGGGUCCAGGGAAAACAUCGUGAGGUGUUUGAGCUGUUGCCUUUUGUACAUCAUUUUUCCUGAGCCCAUCCCUGCUGGCCAUCUGCAGAGGAAACCCAAAGAUGGUCCUCAGAUGGGCACAAAGUAACUGGCUCACUUUCAGCAGGUUACACAGAAAACUACAGUCCAGAAGUUAGCUAGAAAAGUCUGAUUUAGCAUCUAUUUUCAUUACAGAUACAAGUAGGAUACUAUAAGAUGUCAGUGCAAGGUGCAUGCUAUGUUGUUACGUCUCUGGGGUCAGUUUCUGUUUUCUUACUUGAAUGAUAAUUUGAAGUCAGCACGGAAAAACUAUUUUUUUUUUUUUUGCUCCACUCCUUUACAGUCACGUGUAUUAAUAAGUCCGGUGACCAGAACAGGACUUUGACUUUCUGAGUGUUUCCAAAGCUGUUAGCUAAAGAAUACAAGGAGAACCUGUGGCUUGCCACACUAUGCUAAGUCACCAGGCAUUUGAAGUAGAUCUUUCCAGAAAGUCUUCCUGGCUAACAGUAGGAAUGUAAAGGAACAAAGCAAAUGUUAACCUAUCUUCGACCCUGAGCUAGAAAGGUAUUUAUUUGUCCUCAGUGUUAACGGCAUGAUGAGUACUGCUAAUUAGUCUAAUAAACCCCCACACUUUCUGCAGUGAACACUAACGGUAUUGUUCUAACCUUUUUUUAAGUGGUCAGUCAUUCACAGUAAGCUAUGAGGGUAAAAAUGUGUCAUGACAUAUAAACAUCAUAGUUUCAUUUCCACCCUCCCAUACGUAUUGCAUUGUAUGGUUGACUUAAUUGGCACCACACCUGUUGUAUAUUAUACAUUAUUAUUUAUGUAAAAUAAAAUGCCUUAUAUAUUAAAGAGUAAGUGCAAUAAUAUGAAAUGGCCUGUACAUUUAAAAAUGUUGUCGCCAAGUUAUGCAAAUCCACAUCUCUGUAAACAAUUUUUUAAGUAAUUUUCAAAAAAUAAACACCGCUUACUAUUU